GCCAUGCUGGGUGCUGGUCGCGGGCAGGUUGCGUUGCUGGCUAAAGCAUGGAGCUUUGGGGUUUUAAGUGCCCGGGUACCCUCCUGGGGGAGGGGCAGAGUGGGGUAUCUUCAUGUAAUUGGGGCAUUUCGAGCUGUUCGGGGCAGCUGCGGGUUCAUUGAACAUAAUGCCUUGUGGACCCCCAAAUCAGCCUUAUUACCCUUAUCAUGUAGGUGUGCCCCUAUUACCCACUUGGUACCACUGCACAGGACCUACUGCACCCCUAAUGGCCCCAAGGAAGGGGCUACCCUGGGGAACAUCCAGUCCACUCAUUACCAUCUUAUAUAUACCUGUAAGGUUUGUUCGACACGAUCCAAGAAAACGAUAUCUAAAGUUGCCUAUCACAAUGGAGUAGUCAUCGUAAAGUGCCCCGGGUGUAAAAACCAUCAUAUCAUAGCGGAUAACCUCGGGUGGUUCUCCGAUCUGGAAGGAAAAAAGAAUAUUGAGGAAAUCCUGGCUGCCAAAGGGGAGAAGGUUCAUCGUGUCCUGGGAGAAGAGGCUGUAGAAUUUCUUUUAAAGAACAAUGUAGAAGGCGCCGAGAACGAUCCUGAAGACCCACUCAAGAAGGAGACCUCUACGAGCCCACCCGAAAAACCGGUUACAUGAUGCCACGAAAUGCCGGUCACACAGCUUAGUGGGUCAUCUUUGGUAUCGAAGGUGGAUGAAUGAAGACACCUGGGCCGUUCUCAGGCCAGGUUAUCUUCAAAGCGGUUCAUCAGAUCCGGAGUCCUGGAACUCGGCUACAAUUAUUGAGAUUAAGACAUUUUUGUCGCUGUUCUGUAUAUUAUAAAACAUUUUUAGUAUCUUAUAUUUUUGUUGUAGAAAAAAAUAUUUAAAAAUAUAUAAAUAAUUUUGGAGUUUAAAUAAUCCUGAUUCCUCCCUUUUUGUGAAUUAUUGUGUAGAA